GGCGGGGCGGAGAAAAUGGCGAUGCCCCCGGCCGCCGCGCCCCCCGCCGGCGCCCGGGAGCCGCCGGGGCCCCGCGCCGCCGCCCCUGCCGCCGCGCCGCCGCUCGGCCUGCAGCAGCUGUCGGCGCUGCGGCCCGAGCCGGGCGGGGUCCCGCUGCACUCGCCCUGGACCUUCUGGCUCGACAGAUCCCUCCCUGGAGCCACAGCAGCUGAGUGUGCAUCAAAUCUGAAGAAAAUCUACACAGUACAAACAGUACAGAUAUUCUGGAGUGUGUACAAUAAUAUUCCUCCUGUGACUAGCCUGCCUUUGAGAUGCAGUUAUCAUUUAAUGAGAGGAGAGAGGCGACCACUCUGGGAAGAGGAGAGUAAUGCUAAGGGUGGUGUGUGGAAGAUGAAAGUCCCCAAGGACAGCACGUCCACAGUUUGGAAAGAGUUGUUGUUAGCGACUAUCGGGGAACAGUUCACAGAUUGUGCCGCCGCAGAUGAUGAAGUAAUAGGAGUUAGCGUCAGUGUCCGGGACCGAGAAGAUGUCGUCCAAGUCUGGAAUGUAAAUGCCGCAUUAGUCGGUGAAGCCACCGUUUUAGAAAAGAUCUAUGAACUCCUGCCCCACAUAUCUUUUAAAGCCGUAUUUUAUAAACCCCAUGAAGAGCAUCAUGCUUUUGAAGGUGGACGUGGAAAACACUAAUUGCACUCUGUAAAGAAUUCUUUGUCCUUUGCUGAUUGGUUUUGGAAACGGUCUUAACAGGAGGGAGAGUGAAGAGAAGACCUGCCGGAGCCCGAUGCUGGUUCAUUUAGAGUGGGUUUCUGCCCCUGCAGAUUGAGCAAUUAGGACUCAAAGUGGCAGGUGGGGUGGGGGGAGAUUGUGUGGGUUUUUACUGUCGCAUUACUUGCUUUUCUUUCUUUUUAUUUUUGGCUUUAUGAAUUCUCUGUUCUUUUCUCUCCAGUUUUUUUUUUUUUUCUCUUUUAAAUUCCUCAUUCAGUCUAAUUAUUGUUUUCUCUACUCCCCUUUCAUUGAGGCAUAAGAAAUCGGUUUCCCUUUAAGUAGCUGUGCUGUACCUAGUUAAUGAGAAUAUGCAUAAUCGUGACAAUACUGCUUUUGAAAACCACACUGUCCUCCGAGGAACACUAGCUUGGUGAAACCUGUCUUUUGAUUAUUUGUUGUGACACAUUCCUACAUACUCUGCACUGGGCAUUGUUUUUUUUUUUCUAUCCCAGGGAAAAGAAAAACCUUACUUAAUCUGAUUUUGCACUGACAGCACCCACACCUUUUAUUUUUCCUUUUUAAUAAUUUUUUUUUAUUGUUAGAAAUGAAAGGAAAAUAAUAGUUGGGUUGCCAAACAUGAAAACUAUAAUCACAGUUGAGUAUCAGGAUAUAUAUCACACUGUAAAUCCUCGGACCUUCUCUGGAAGUAUUCUCCAACCAGAAUUUCAAUUUGGCCUUUUCAAAAGAAGGCUCAGAGUGGUAGCAAAGGAUUUGUCUCAAUAGGAAACCUUGUAAUUUCUGAUUUAAAGAGAAGGUGGUAUUUUAAUUGCUUGAACUAACCUUCUUCUGAAUUUUGGGUGUUUGUACCCAUUUAGGGCUUUCCAAAUCAAUUCAGACACAUUUUAUUAAAUGAUCCCAUUUUCCUGCUCAUGUUGUGUGUCGUUUCCAAUAAUCAAUCAUCCUCUAGCCUGGGCAACUUUCCCCUGCCUUUUUCAUUUAGGAGCAGAAGUUAAAUCUCAUUUCCAAGAUGAAUGUGAACAUUCACAAAGUUGAACUCUGAAUGCAUUUUGUUCACAUUAAUUUUUGGAAUUGUUGAGAUACAUCGUGUUAUGUUACCAAAUAAAUACCAGUUUUAAUAGAAGGAAAUGACCACCCUCUGGAACACUCAGAAUGUUCCUGAUUUCCCUCCCUGCACUCUGCCAGGCCUCCUACUACAUCUACCUGAAAAAGGCAGGGCCAUUUAGAAAGGCUGCCUCCUGCCAGCUUUUUUCUGGAGUCAGGGGAGCUAGGGCAUGCUUAUACAUCUCACAGAAGGGCGGUGCACUCCGAAUUUCCUUUCACCCAGGAUUUUUAAUUCCUCUUGCAUUAUUGACCAGCAGAGAGAGGCAAGGCUUCUUCCAACCCCCAGCCUGAGUUUGUAAAUAAAAUUCUCCUUUCAAAUACUUUAAAGGACUUCAAAUCACUGUACCCUUCACUUGCGUUACUAACCACAUCAACUAUAAUAAAAAAAUGAUCAUGGCUUUUUUUUUUAA